UUGGGAAAAGACGAACAAUGUUGAUUUCCGCCAUUGUAAAAUGAGGUGUAGUAGUGCUCGGUAAAAAUAAAAACACAUUAUUAUUGCCUUUAGGCAUGAGGACAUAAGUUUUUGUGAAUAUUGAAAGUGUUAAAUAAAAAAUAAAAUGGAGGACGAAUACAUGGACUCUCAGGACUCUGGUAUGAACGAUUCGGCGAAUCGCUCUGGUGAUGGAAAUGAUUCUAUAAAUGAUGCGUCGAAGGAUUUCACUGAUCUAACCGGAUACGAUGACAAUUAUGACGAUGAAGAUGGUGGGAACAGUUUCCGAGGCGGCCGCGGUGGACGCGGGAAUUUCAGCAGAGGUCGCGGUCGGGGACCUCCCCCCGCCUGGAUGAACGGACCACCCCCUAUGCGUUUCCGAGGCAGGGGCUACGGACCUGGAGGGCCCCCAAUGCGAGGCAGAGGUUUCUUCCGCGGCCGAGGCGGGCCUCGUUUCGGUCCCAAUAACGGGCCGAACUUCGACAGCAGCUGGGGCCCGAUGGGCCCGCCGCCACCUGGUAUGAUGGGUGGACCGCCGCCUUUUGGACCCCCACCGGGUAUGAUGCCGCCAGGUGGUCCGAUGGGCCCCCCACCCAAUAUGAUGGGCCAGCCUCCCCCGUUUGGACCGAAUGGGAUGCCACCACCUACUAUACCUGCGCCGGAAGUGUGGGUGGAGACCAAGUCUGACGCGGGGCAGUCCUACUACUACCACUCCAGGACCCGUGAGACCACCUGGACGCGGCCCCAGGAGAGCCCCUCGUGCAAGGUCAUCACACAGUCAGAUAUGGAGAGCAUGGCUGCAGCGAGUCAAAUGCCCCCCGGCAGCAUGGGCGGUCAGUCCAUGGGCAUGAACGGGCCGAUGGGAGGUCCCCCGAUGGGGGGCCCGCCCAUGGGGAUGAUGCCCAACGGCAUGAUGGGUAUGAUGCCGCCGGGCGUGGGGCCCCAGGGCCCCGCGCCGGGCUCCAUGCCCCCAUUCAUGAACCAGCCGCCUCCGUGGGUUAAAGAGCAAAUGCAGCAAUCCAAGGCAUUGGAGAUCGAAGACAGCCCCCAGGACGACGACUCCCCGCCGGGCGUGCCGUCGCCGACGUCGCAGCCAGUGUCGACGGCCUCCAUUCAGGCCGCGGCGCAGUCGUUUGCGCAAGCGCACGGUGCGCCUGCGCAAGGUCAGCACGCUAUGGUGCCACCAGUUUCUAUGUCUGGAUCUGGUACUGGCGGUCCAGGCGCUUCUGGGGCCGUCGGGAGCUCGGGCACGGAUGCCAGCAUGGGCGGUCCGCCCGGGCUAGGGUUCGGUCCCCCGGGGGGACCGCCGGGUCUCGGGAUGGGGCCCGGGAGCGCGUCGGUCGGAGGGGCGUGGGGCCAGUGGGGAUGGGCACCGCCGAAUUUAGCAGCUGCCCUGCCUGAAGGAGCGGACAGCCAGGGGUCCACUCAGCAGCAGGGAGCUCCGCUGGCCGCCAGCGAAGCGCCCGCCUGCGAUCAACUGAAGAAGAGCGAAAUCAAAAUCCCGCCGGAGAUUUCGGCGAAGGCCGCGGAGUGGACAAGCCACCGCGCGCCCGACGGCCGGCCAUACUACUACCACUCGGCGUCCCGACAUAGUGUGUGGGAGAAGCCGAUACCGAUCAAGGCCCUGGAAGACCUGCAGGCCAAGAUUGCGGCCGAGAAAGGCGAGUCGUUCGACAAGAUGGAUCUCAUUGACCCCGAGGAUGUCAUAGACGUGGACGCGCACGCGGAUGCGGUCGCGGCGGCCGAGGCGGCGGCGGAGGAGCGCGAGCGCGAACGGCUCGAGCGCGAGCGCCAGGAGAAAGAGAAGGCGGAGAAGGAAAAGGCGGAGAAGGAGAAAGCGGAGAAGGAGAAGGCAGAUAAGGAGAAGGCGAAGACUGACAAGAGCCGGCCCGUGUCCAGCACGCCGAUAUCCGGGACGCCGUGGUGCGUGGUGUGGACGGGCGACGGGCGCGUGUUCUUCUACAACCCGACCGCGCGUCUGUCCGUGUGGGAGCGGCCCGCGCAAUUGGCCGGCCGGGCCGACGUGGACCAGGCCGUCUCGCAACCGCCGCACGGCAAGGACGCCGCGCGGAAGGAGCCGGCGACCGCGCCCUCGAAGAACGCCAACGGUGAGCUCAAACGGAAUGCGGCAUCAGACACCUCAGAUUCCGAGCCCGAACCCGUUAAGAAACCAAAACCGGAGGAGACGCCGCGCAAGAAGCCCGCCCAGGUCAUCGACAUCGGCAAGGAGGCGGCCAUGGAGGCGGAGUCGCGCGCGGCCCGCGAGCGCGCCGUCGUGCCCUUCGAGCAGCGCGUGCGAGCCUUCCUCGAGAUGCUGCACGAGUCCGACGUGUCGGCCUUCUCGCCCUGGGAGAAAGAGCUGCACAAGAUCGUGUUCGACAGCCGCUACCUGCUGCUCGACUCCAAGGAGCGCAAGCAGGUGUUCGACAAGUACGUCCGCGAGCGCGCCGAAGAGGAGAGGAAAGAGAAGAAGAACCGACUCUUGCAGAAGAAGAUGCAGUUCAGAGCACUGAUGGAGGAAGCGAAACUGCAUUCAAAGUCGUCAUUCACCGAUUUCUCCAGCAAGUUCGGGCGGGACGAGCGUUUCAAGAGCAUCGAAAAGAUGCGCGACAGAGAGACUUACUUCAACGAGUACAUCGUGGAAGUAAGGAAGAAGGAUAAAGAGGAAAAGGACCGGAAGCGGGAACAGGCGAAAUCGGACUUCAUAGCACUCCUCAAAGACAAGGCAAUAGACCGUCAUUCUCGGUGGGUUGACACGAAAAAGAAAAUCGACUCUGACGCUCGGUACAAGGCUGUGGAGAGCAGCACGCUGCGGGAAGACUACUUCAGGGAAUACUGCAAGAUGGUUAAAGACGAGAGGAAGAAGGAAAAAGACGGCAAGGAGAAGGAACGCGACCGGGGGAGCAAAAAGGAAAAGAAAGACAAGGACCGGGAGAAGGAGAAGGACAAAGACAAGGACAAGGAGAAGGAGAAGGAGCGCGACAAGGACAGCAAGAAAGACAAGAAGAAGGAGAAACCCGGUGACAAGCUACCUGAUCAGCCAGCCGAAGUCGAAAAGAAACAGCCCACGCCACCUCCAGAUCAAUGGGCGGAGAUUCUUGGCAUACCAGGGGAGGAUGAAUCGAAGGAUUCCAAGUCAACGAAAUCCUGCACCAAGAGGGAGGGGUCCUCUGAGGAAGCCAGCGAGGCGAAAUCGCCUUCACCGGAGAAAGACAUGCGCUCACCGAAACAGUUGAGAUCCUCGAAAAAGGAACCCGCCGCCGAAAAGAAGUCCCCAAUAAAAUCCCCGCCCAAAAAACGCCGCAACGAUUUCAAAUCCCCCGAGCCCGAGCCAGAGAAGAAGGGGAAGAAGAAGGUGGAGAAAGUUGAGAAGGUGGAGAAGGCCGAGAAGACGGAGAAGAGGAAACGGAAGAAGUCCGAGAAGGAAUAGUGUUUACUUAACGUUUUCUGCAAACGCUGAUUCCAGGAGCGAUGCAGGUUACUGUUUAACCGGGACAAUUAAGUGUUUUUUGUGUAUGCUUGAAGUGGUUUUACAAUUUCUUUUGUCCUUAUACGAUUGAUUUAUGUACGCAUGCGGAGGGUAGUUGGAUAUUUAUUGCGAUAACGGCACACAUUUCUGGGUGAUGUUUUUAUAUUCGAUCCUCUACAUACAUGUAAAUAUUUUUCUUGAUCGCACAUCCCUCCUCGUCCGUAAAAAUUUAUAUUUAUUAAUUAGGCAGUUGAUAAUCAUACAAAAAAAAUAUUGUGUGUGCGUACUCAUGUACGCACGUACACGUAAGCACGUAAAAAGUUAUACUUCUCUGGCGUUUAAUAAAAAAUUUGAGUAGCACAAAUAAAUUUGGACAGAGUUAAAAAAUUUAUGUCGGAUGUUUAAAGAUACUCUCGCUAUUAAAUUAACGGAGGUACCUUUCCAACCUUAGCAGACGUCCAAUCCUGGCUGGUUGGAUAUCUUUAACUGAUACUUUAAGACUUUACUGAGAAUCAAAACAAAUAAAACAAAGACCAUUUCAAUAAAUUAACAGCAACAUCAAACAUGAUAAUCAGUUAAAUAGAAGUGGUAAUUAAUAAACAAACCAAGUUAACAAUCGAGAGAUGUUGGC